AGGCUAAUGCAUAUAGUGCGGAUUUCAUUUUAAAGCUCAAAUGAUACAUUUAUAUUGGUAAAUGUAUGUAUUGAAUUUGAAUACAUGAUGUAUUGAAUAUGGACUGAAUUGUGGUUUUGUACUGCCUGGCAUGCCUUAUGUAUUGAAUAUGGACUGAACUGUGGUUUUGUACUGCCUGGCUUGCCGUAUGCAAAAAGGGGCGGGACAAGAAAAAGGUCACGAAAGUGGUGCAUGCUGGGAGAACACGUGGGUAGCGGUACAAUUUCUUCCGAAAAGUUGUUUUUAUACUCCUCUGACGACUUAGUCAUCAUGGCUUCCGAAAAGGGCCAAAUUGGCGAUGACCGCUUCCAAAAAGUGAAAAGGGACCCACGCUUCUGGGAAAUGCCAGAGAAAGAGCACAAAAUCAAGAUUGACAAGCGCUUCCAGUCGAUGUUCCACGACGAUCGCUUCAAGCUCAAGUACACGGUCAACGAUAUGACUGAAGGAAACAACUGAACAGUUGGUGAAGGAGAAGCUAGAAGGAAAGGACAAGCUGACACCCUGGGAAGAGUUCAUUGAGAAGAAGAAGG